ACGCUCAAAUUUCUUCUCACAGUGUUCCAUUACUUACAAUAGAAAUGAAAUAUUUAAUGCUAUCAGCUGUCUUGUUGGUGUUGAUGUUGCGUGGGACAGAUGCAGCAAUAAAAGCACCAGGAUGGAAGCAUUGCGUCCACCCACUCCAUGCUCUACCAGGACAAUGGAAUAAGAUCGUCAGCCCUGGGUUUCCGAAUGGAAUCAAUACGCAGAUACAAUGCAGCUGGAUGAUUACGUCCAACCCUGGUUAUCGUAUAAAACUUGCGUUCCAUACUUUGAACGUUACGGGAUCGCGGAAGAGUUGCUUCACUCAGUUCGUUGAAAUAUUGGACUACAAAAUCGGUCAUUCUGCGGGAAAGUUUUGUGGAGCGAGUAGACCCGGUGAUUACGUAUCUUGGGGAACACGGGUACGGUUUGACCUGCAAGGAGACACAUCGGGAGAGAAAACAAAAGGAUUUGACUUGAGAUAUAAAGCUACGAAGGAGCCGGGCGGAUUUAAAACAUCUUGGACGUUCCCACUGAAGCCCAAGAAAGGGGGAACAAAGAAGUCAAAGAAACCUAAAGCUAAUAAACCUAAAAAGAAGAACAAAGGUCCGGAAAGCUCUGCAUUCGUAAAGCCAAGGCGGCCCGCAGGAGGUGGAUCUUCAAAACCGGCAGGUGGAGCUAGAGGACCACCUAAGAAAGCAACGCCAGUGGAAAGUCCGUCUUCAAUUUCACCACCAGGCCAGGAGCUUCCCCCAGUCAAGCAACCAAAAGCAUCAUCACCCAGACCAUCGAGACCACCUGCGCCACGAACACCAGCUCCAGGAAGUCGAAUUGACUUUAGACCGCCUCCACCACCAAGACAAGGGCCUGUCAUUUAUGGGCAAAACACUAACAGGCGAGGAGUAGAUCACGGCCACUCAAACGUUAUAACGGUAGCAGAAGAAGAGGACGAACCUUUGAACAUCUACAUCAUAGCUGGUGUGGCAGCGGGAGGAGUCGUAGCUUUGACGAUCAUUUUUAUCCUCAUGAAAGUUUGCAUUUUUGACAAAAACAAAAAACGAAAGCAACGACGAAAAGAACAAGAACGGGCCAAGUCGGCAGCUGCUGAACCAAAUAACUUACAUAUGUCUACAAUGCCUGGCGGAGUGCCUGAGCAAUAUAUGACGGAGCAGAUUGUACCGCAACACCAGUCUUAUCAUCACAUGCAGCAUUUGCCAAUGAUGUCUCAAACAAUGUCCCGUCAUCAAUAUCCACACGUUAUGUAUCCCCCUAUGCACAUCUCAAAAUCAAGGACCGCACCAGCUAUGAUGGCGCCACCUGGAGGAUUAAAAUCAUCCCGAUCUCGAGCCAGAUCAUCAAGAUCACGUGUUUCAAGAAAAGAUGAAAUGAGACGAUCAAAAUCUCGGAGCUCAAUGAGAAAUUCAAGGUCACAAAGCUCUAUGCGAAGGUCAAAGUCAAGGUCAAUGCAAGCAAUGCCUAAUAUGGAAGGAUGGAUCAUGGUCGACCCACACUAUCAACCGAACGCUGUUAUCAAAAAUCCAUAUCCGCAAGAUGGCGAUAUCGAGUCAUCUGAUUUGUCGAGUAGCUCCGGGUGGGCGUCCGAUAGCACUGAUAGCUAUAGGCCUAAGAGUCAGCGCAGAAAGAGGCUUACUCAUUCAUUACCUAGAAUGAGGUCCCAGCCUCCAACGUACGAAAGCGCAACAGGGAGACCAUUUUACGUCAUCGAGAAGUCACGUGACUUUGACGAAGGGUAUGAUACCGGUAAAAGAACUAAUGGUGCAAAAUCGGUCGCAAGUAAAAAACGUCGCGAAAGAAGCAGGAAUUCAAAAAGGGAUAGGAGAAGAAAAUAUUCCCAGUGAGGUGACGAUAAAAGGCAGCAACGAACUAAAAUAGAAAAGAACAUUGACAAUACUGUAUAAUAAAUGUUUCCUCAAGCAUAGACUCCAGUGUUUACCUACGUAACAGUGCCAAAUCAGCAAUAAUUUAACGGUGACUAAACUAAAAGUUAUCUAGGGUCAAAGGUCGGGGAAAAAAUUAUAAAUUGAUAUUAAACUGAGUCGAGUGGCUGGCUGUUUGCCGAAUGCCAACUACAGCUAGCGCACAUUGUAGGCUAUCUCAUAGUGACAAUGAUAAAAUUCUACGCAUUUUGAAAUAGAAAUCGCCAUUUUGAUCCAUAGUAUUUAUCGAGCUUUUGCUUGAAUGGCAUAGUUGUAGAGCUAAGCCUAGCUGUGUUGUUACCAUGGGUUAAAAACCUCGGGGGCACUUAACCACCUACUUGGUUUUUCGAGUGUGGACACAUGAUAACUUAUGUAGGAGAUAUUCUCCGAGUAUUUAAUUUUUAUUUUCAACAUUCUGUUUAACCCAUUUUAAAAAAGAUUCCGCCAUUUUAAUCAGCAUUUUUUUUUAGGUUUUGAGUUGAGUUGCUGUGUUGUUACCGCGGGAUAAAAAUCUCAAGGGCGCUUAAACCACUUACUUGGCUUCUCAAAUAUGGACAAGUACUCAUACCUUAUGUAAGGGACAUUCCAUGAUUAUUUAAAAUUUUAAAUCAUAAAUUUUAGACUUUCUGUGCCAGUGCCUUUGGACAUUGUUGAUUGUAAUAAAAUUUGAUGUUUAUGUUG